GUCUCCUCCUCCUCGCUGUAAACAAACCCACCAGCGGCGCGCCACGGGGACCCAAAAAGUCUCAUAUUUAUCGUGUUUUCUCCUUUAUUCUCGCGUUGUGAGGGAAGACCACCACCAAGAUGCCUCGAGUAAUGAUCAAGGGAGGAGUAUGGCGGAACACGGAGGACGAGAUCUUGAAGGCGGCUGUCAUGAAGUACGGCAAGAACCAGUGGUCUCGUAUCGCCUCACUCCUCCACCGCAAGUCCGCCAAGCAGUGCAAGGCCAGGUGGUUCGAGUGGCUGGACCCGAGCAUCAAGAAGACCGAGUGGAGCCGCGAGGAGGAUGAGAAACUCCUCCACCUGGCCAAGCUAAUGCCGACGCAGUGGCGGACCAUUGCGCCGAUCAUAGGACGCACGGCAGCCCAGUGUUUGGAGCGCUAUGAAUACCUCCUGGACCAGGCACAGAAGGGGGAGGAGGAGGAUGCUGUGGAUGACCCGAGGAAACUCAAACCCGGGGAGAUUGACCCGAACCCCGAGACCAAGCCAGCGCGACCUGACCCCAAGGACAUGGACGAGGAUGAGCUGGAGAUGCUGUCAGAGGCUCGCGCUCGUCUGGCCAACACUCAGGGGAAGAAAGCCAAGAGGAAGGCCCGGGAGAAGCAGCUGGAGGAAGCGCGCCGUCUAGCAGCUCUUCAGAAACGCAGGGAGCUCCGCGCGGCCGGCAUCGACCUCCCACAGAAGCGGAAGAAGCGGAAGGGAGUGGACUACAACGAGGAGAUUCCGUUCGAGAAGAAACCGGCGAAGGGGUUCUACGACACCUCCCAGGAGACUUACAACCCCAUGCAGCCGAAUUUUAAGAGGUUACGGCAGCAGCACUUGGACGGGGAGAUGCGGUCGGAGCGAGAGGAGAGGGAGCGGAAGAAGGAUCGGCAGAAGUUGAAGGAGCGGAAGGAGCAGGGUGUCCCGUCGUCGGUGUUUGAGAAUGGGAACAGUGAGGCACGGACCAAGAGGAGCAAGCUGGUGCUGUCCUCCCCGCAGAUCUCCGAGGAUGAGCUGCACCAGGUCGUCAAGCUCGGCAAGGCAUCCGAAGCCGCCCGCGAGCUCGCCGAAGAGGUUGGCGGCAGUGACAUUGGUGGUGGGGCAUCUCAGGCUCUUCUGGGGGAGUACACCGUCACCCCAGGCCAGGCUCUCCGCACCCCCCGCACCCCCGCCGACAUGGACCGGGUCAUGCAGGGCGCACACGACAUCAUGGCACUCACCCAUGUCGACACACCAUUGAAGGGCGGCACCAACACCCCAUUGAACGUGCAGGAUUUCGGAGGUGUGGAACCCUCGAAAGCCUCCGUCCAGACCCCAAACACUGUCCUCGGCACGCCAUUCCGCACCCCACAGGCCGGUCUCACCCCAGGGCAAGCUGCCACACCCCAGGCUACCCCCCGCGGCCACCCCCUCGCGAUUACGACCCCCGGCGCGACCCCAAUCCGUGACAAGCUCAGUAUUAACGAGGAGAGUGCCCUAGUGCCUAUUGAAGACCGACAGGCACUGAGGGCGUACCAGCGUGGGGUCAGGGAGGCACUGCAGAUGGGGCUGAAGGGACUCCCGGCGCCCAAGAACGACUUUGAGAUCGUCGUCCCGGAGCAGGAUGAGUUGGGACAGGUUGGGGAUGAGGAGGGGCAAGCCGGAAGUGGAUCAGUGGAGGACCAAGCGGAUGUGGAUGCCAGGGCGAUCGCAGAAGCACAGGCUCAGCGCGAGGCCGAGAUGAAACGGCGCAGCCAGGCAGUUCAGCGCAACCUCCCUCGGCCCCAGGAGGUCAACGCAUCCGUCCUGCGCCCCAUGCAUGCCGACGCGCACCUCUCGGACCAGCAGAAGGCGGAGGAGCUGAUCAAGAGGGAGAUGGUCACUAUGUUACACUAUGACGCCCUACACACCCCUGUCGCGUUAGGGGCGUCUCGGAAAGGUAACAUCGCUGCAGAGGCCCUCCAUCGCGACCACCUUGAACGUCACCCUUAUAGACGCUACGAGGAGGAUGAGCUGGAUGUCGCAAGGUCACUGCUGAAGGACGAGAUGGGUGUGGUCAAACAGGGCAUGGGACACGGUGACCUGACCCUCGACGCUUACUCCCAGGUGUGGGAGGAGUGUCUGGCCCAGGUGCUGUUCCUUCCAAGCCAGAGCAAAUACACCCGCGCCAGUUUAGCGAGCAAGAAGGACCGGAUCGAGUCUCUGGAGAAGCGACUUGAGCAGAACCGACAGCACAUGGCCAAACAGGCGAAGAUUGCAGCCAAGUUGGAGAAGAAGCUGAAGAUUCUGAUGGGGGGAUACCAGGCACGCGCAGCAUCCCUCUCGGCCAGUCUCCAAGAUUCCGUCAGCCAAGUGGAGACGGCAAUGCUCGAGCACUCCACGUUCUCCUUCCUCAAGCAGAUGGAGACCGUUGCCAUCCCGAGGAGACUUGACACGAUCUCCGAGGACGUGGCGAGGCAGACCGAGAGGGAGAAGGAGCUGCAGAGGAGAUACGAGCUUCUUCAGAGGGAGCUUGAGGACUUGAAGGGUGCGCCAGCUACCAUGGGAGAUGCGACCACUACGGUUUUAAGUAGUAGUAGUAGUGCGGUUGAAUCUACCGUCGCCGCUACAAAUCCUACCACGGCUACCGCACCUGCGACUACCGGGACAGGUUCGGUUGAGUCGUUCGGCGGUAGCAGUAGUAGCAGCAGUGGUGAUGGUGAUGAUGGGGGUGAUGAUGGUGGUAGUGAGGUGGAUGGUGACGCGGAUGAGGAUGGUGGUGGUGGUGAUGGGGGUGAAGUGGAGGAGGAGGAGGAGGAGGAGGAGGAAGAGGAAGAGGAGGAGGAGGAGGAUAUGGAGCAGGAUUAGGGAGUGUGUUUGUGU